AUGGUUAUAAAUCCACGCGCCGGAACUGUUGUUAAUUCACGUUAUUCGUCUCCUGAUACGUCUUCUAGUCCAAAUUCAAAACUACUUCAAAGAACUAUUGAUUUAAAUUAUACUAACAAGAAACGCUCUAAUUCAUUUAAAUGGAUAAUUGUGAAUGCUGUUUUCCUGCUGAUUUUUGUUUAUGAUUUGUCUUGUAAAUGUCCUGGAUACACUACAAUAUUGCAUUAUGUUGAACUGAUUUGUGCGGGAGUUAUGGCAGCUAACUUGGUGCAGUAUGCAAUACGCCUGCUACCCAGUAGGGCUCCAAAGCUGCCACUGUCACCUGAUCAACAAAAAUUACUAGGCUUGUCAAAUGCAGAUAUAGACUCUUCAUUCAUCCUGACAAAAAGCAACAGUUCCCCCGUGCAAGCGAGCGACAGCGAGGGGGAGAGCUGGCGCGUGUCAGACGCCGAGUUGUCGCUGUCACCGCGUGCGUGGCGCUCUGCCCCGUCCUCACCGCCCUCCCCACCCUCGCCUACCUCGCCGCCCUCGCCGCCCUCGCCUCCCACCUCAUCACUGGACACCACACAUGAUCAGUUCAUUGCUGAUCAGAGUUCUUUAACUGACUAUCUCAAACGCUGCGAGGAGCGCACGCGCGCCGCCGAGCCCGCGCCCGCCUUGCCGCCCGCCCUGGCGCCUGCGCGCGCGCCGCCGCCCUACCAGCUCGCCGUCACAGACAGCGCCGGUGGUAACAAACUGGAGGAGAGCUCCGAGCCGGGCGCCGGCCGCGUGUGGCGCCGCCUCGACCUCGACCCGCAGCGCCUCACGCAGUGGAAUCUCAACCUGCGGCUCUGGAUCCACGUGACCAUCCUGGAGCGGCUGGUGCGCGAGAUCCGCGCCGUGGACGAGGCGUUGGCGCGCGCGGCGCUAUGCGAGGCGGGCGCGCUGCGCGAGGGCCGCCUGCCGCCCGCCCGCCUGCGCGCGCUGGCCGCCGCGCAGCCCGCACUCGCCGCGCUGCUGCCCUUCCUCGAGCCCUUCCCCGACCAGCGCUACGUGGUGCGGCGCGUGGCGCAACUAGCGCGCGGCGGCUGCCUCAGCGCCUACCGCUGGGCGGGCGGCGGCCCCGACUGGCGGCCCGGCGCGCCCACCGACGCCGAGCUGCUGCUACACCUGGUGGCCGCCUAUCUGGACGCGCAGCUGCCGGGCGGCUUCAGCGCGGAACGCGUGGGAGAGGCGGGCGCGGAUGCGCUGCGCGUGGUGCGCGUGCGCGGCGCGGCGGGCGCGGCGCCGCACUACGCACUGGUGCGCGGCGACGAGACGCUGGACGUGGGGCGCGGCCGCAAUAACCUGCUGCACACGCUGCUGCUGCUGCUGGCGGCGGCGGCGCGCCGCGACCCGCCCGCGCUCGCGCGCACGCACCUCGGCCCCGCCGGACUCAACAUGCUGUGGAUCAUCGGCCGG